AUGUGGCAGUGCUGGCCCCUGGUUGGUGUCCACGUCUCCCAGAACCUUUCAGCACCAGUACCAGGCCUGGGCUCCAAGGUGGGCCAGCCGGAGGCAGGAAGGAAAGGGCUCUGGGUCUUGCCAGAGGACCCAACACUCAGGAGGCUGCAGAGAUCUCAGCCUGAGCAGAAGGUGAGCCCAGCUCUGGCUCACUUUCCUUUGGGGCAUCAGGGUUUGUUGUAGCAUGGAGAUGGAGACCAAGUUAAUUAAAUUUGGGGGGGGGUGUCUCCCAGCAACGAGGAAGCUUUUUAUUGCUGGCUUGGUUGGAUUGGGUGAGUUACCUUAUUUCCUUGGGGUUCUUUUUGCAGCGCCCAUGGGGUGCUGUGGGGCUCAUUCUGGAACUUCACCAAGUGCCUGGAGCCUGGGUGUCCAGAACACAGUCAGGCAAGUAGUCUUUGGGGGUUCUCCCAAGUCUGAGGACCAUCGUUUGGGGCUUGAGUUGAAGAAAUGCUGUGGCGGUGGACUCUCACGUCCUGCGUUUUGCUCUCAUUGAGGCUGCUCCGAAAGCCCCCUGUUUGAAUGGGGCAGUGGAAGGGUAGCAGCAGAACAAGGGCCGGGUCUCUCCAUAAGGUGGUCUCUGCCAGCUGUGCCCUCUGCUCAGGACAGGGUCCUGAGUUGGGGGAGUCCUGGCCCAACUCCCUUUCUGGGGACUAAGGGACCACUGGACAUUGCCUCUGGUCCUGGCUGGUUUGGAAUUGAGAAGUUCUCUCCCAAAGUCUGUCUCUGCUUGUUUGCAGCACAAAACACUAGGGAUCUUUCUGCCAUCCCAGGUAAGCAGGAGCCGCCUUGCGAAUCUGGUGGCCCUGAGCCUGAAUGCUCUUUGAGGGGAGUCCAGCUUUGGGUAAGGAAAGCUCUGCUGCGCAAGGCAGCCCCUUUCUGCUGACGUUUCCCUGGCACCUGUACAGGCUGGACGGGUCCUCAGUCGGACCCAGCAAGGUAGUUCCACCAGGGGAGCAGGCCUUCCUUGCAGAGCAGAGUAAAUGGAACCACUCUGGGAGGUGAUGCUGUUUGCAGCAGCACUCCAGAAGGGGCACUACCUGCCAGCUGGCAGGCGGGUGACUCAGGUGCCAAUUGCCACGUUUGUGGUGAGUGGGUGGGAUGCAUUGUCAAGGGUGAUUGACAUGUGCGUGCGUGGGGGGGGAGUGGGGAAGGUGCCUCCUGCCCCUGCUGAGAGGGUGGGAGGGCUGAGUCUGGCGCUGCUGAUUCAAAUGUAGAGAGAUGGAGCACAGGGCAGGCAAGCGAAGCUGGCAGGACUGCUGGACUCCAGAACCAUCUCUGGGAGCUGCACAGAGGGAGGGAGGGAGGGAGGGGGAGGAAAGCCAGCCUGCAGGUCUGCCCUGUCCUGUUCCACCACCACCCCCGCCCCGUUCCUGGACCAGCUUGAGGCAUCCAGUGAUUGGGAGCAGUGCAGCUAGAGCACUCUGCUCACCUAGAGAGCCAGCGUGGUCUAGUGGUUAGAGUGUCAGGCUAGGGCCUGGGAGACCAGUGCUCAAAUCCCCACUUGGCCAAGAAGCUCACUGGGUGACCUUGAGUCUCGCUCAGCCUAGCCCAGCCCACAGGGUAGUUGUGAGGAGGAGUAGAACCCUGUGCACCACCUGGAGCUCCGUGGAGAGAAAGGUGGGAUGCAGUAAAUUUUAAAAAAUAAAUAUAUCAGUGGUAGCCCAACCCUGGUGGCAAAAUGACAUGGGAGAUGUGAGGGUGGGUUGUUGUUAUUUUAACUGAGUGAUGGGGAAGAGGGGUAUUGCUGCUUCUGGCGCCACAUGGGAGCUCACCUCAGCUUUGUCUACGUGCCAGAAGGUGAUGGCAGAUCAGAAGAAAGGUAUGUCCAUGCAGUGCAGUUGGCCUCCCUUGAAGACUCUGGCCUGCGUCCCACUUGAGGGGGGGUCACAAUUCUGCACAAGGGCCAAGGUGGGAAGCCUCCAGGGGCCGUCCAGACUUUCCUGCCCUCCAACAGCCAUCUUCCCCCAGAGUCACUGGCCAUGCCAGCUGCUGGAAGUUGGAGCCUCACAGGGUCUGCAGAGCCCUGGACAGCCAUCCUCCCUGCUUUUGGGAGUCCUCUACAACCUCCACACACAAGUGGAAAACAGGCUGGACAGGCAACGGGGCUCAGAUGCAAGAGGGACCCGUUUUCUCAAGGCUCCUUCCUGUUUUCUUGCAGAUCCUUCAAUGGGAACAGAAACUGGGACCUGGACCGGGUGCUUGUGGAGGGAGCAUGCGCCCCUUGUGCAUCCGUUUAACCUGGGCAACAAAUGAAGGAGGCCCCAGAGACCAGAGGACUCUGUUGCGGGUGACAGCAGCUUUGCAGGAGUGA